GGGUCUUUCAAGUCCUGCUGAUUCACACGAGUCAAACCGAAUUUGAGGCAGUUGUGUCAGAGUCGUUUAACGUAACGACUCCAGAGUGCGACGUGGAGACUCCUCUGGUUGCUGCUUUCAGGGCUGCUCCCCUCCCUGCUGCCUCUGGCUGUGUUUGGGCUAUGGUCCUAACUGAGAAGCAGGGCAUCACCCAGAUGCGGCGCUCCGACUGUAUGGGAGGUUAAGCCUGUGAACACCAGCAUGGGAGCCAAACAGAUGAAAUGUCUCAGCUCAGCCAGCCCUGCUCACUCCCCCAAAGAGGAGUAUGUUAUCACCCAGUCCGCUGACACCCCUAAAGAAGACGCAGUCCAUGAUCAGUCAGAGGACCAGGGGGAACCUCGGGACGACAAAUCUGAGCUGACAGAGAAGAAAUCUGUCACAGAGGAGGUGUCUCUCUGUGGAUUGUGUCCCUCCCUCGGGCACAAUGGGCAGGAGGAAGAGAAGUCCUGGGAGGAGCAGCUGGACGCCCACCAGGAGCAGCUGGAGAAAGAGAUGCAGGAGGCAAGGAGGAUGGUGUUCCGCCUACAGGCUUUGCUGCUCCAUGGCUCCCUCCCUGAAGAGGACCAGGACGGAUCUGUGAGCUUCGGAGACAACCGGGCUAACACUGAACAGCAGCUGGUUUUAAUCCGCAGUCGUCUGGACCAAAGCAUGGAGGAAGCCCUUGAUCUCAAGAGGGAACUCCUGAGACACAAACAGGAGACACGCCACAUUCAGGCCAUCAAGGAUGCUCUGCAACAGCGCCUGGCAGUGCAGGAGGAUGCUGUGCUGCAGAUAAAGCAAGAACUACUGAGAUGCAACAUGGCCAAAGAUCAGCUGGAAGGAGAAAAUGCAGAGCUCAAACGCAAGUUGAGUGAACGGAACAAAUUACUCAGUGAAUAUGAGCAGCAGCUCGGGAGGAAGGACAGAAUACUGCAGCAACAGCAACAAAAGCUCGAUGAAGCUCAGCAUAAAGCACAUGAAGUCAGCCUUGCACGGUCAUUCAGGGAUGAAUGUGGUGGUUGCAGUAAAUCCGUGGCUUCGACAUCUCCUCCAGCAUUCCAACACAAUGCACCGAGUUUGUCGCAGGGUGAAGAGCUGCAGCUGGUCAGGGAGGCACUUCGUAGUUUGAGGGACAGUUUUUCCGGCCACGAUCCCCAACAUCACACCCUGGACACUCUGGAGCAGGGGGUGUCCAGUCUCAUGGACCGAUUACACUCUUUGGACACCCAGCGCAGACAGGACAAAGGGGAGGAAUUUAAAUCACCAGGACGCAGAGCCAACUCGACAGACCGUGACUCCUGGCCGCCGAGCUCAAAAAUGGCGCACUCACACAGCAGCCCGGGAUUGGACACUGCUGUCUCCACUAAAGUGCUCUACUUCACUGAUCGCUCGCUCACUCCAUUUCUGAUUAACAUCCCAAAAAGGCUGGGUGAGGUGACACUCCGAGACUUCAAGGCCGCUGUAGACAGACAGGGCAGCUUCAGAUACCACUUCAAGGCCCUUGACCCGGAGUUUGGCACAGUGAAGGAGGAGGUAUUCCAGGACGGAGCAGUUGUGCCUGGCUGGGAGGGGAAGAUUGUAGCGUGGGUGGAGGAGGACCACGGAGAGAGGAGAUAGAGCCCAAAAAACCAGAGAUCACCACAACAAACCUCAGUUGUUCCCACUGGACCAGGAUUUCACUGAAAAAUGCUUGUGAUGCCGUAAGAAAGGAUAGUUAUAAUACAGUUAACUGGGACCAAUGAAUUUAACACCAUUUCAGUAUAAAACCAUGUUUUAAAAUUGAAUGUUUCAUAUGAAGAAUUUGACUUGAAAUUGACAUUUGGAUACGAUUUUUUUUUUUUUUUUUGAGGGAAUGUUUAUUAGACAUUCUUUGCAGCUCAUAAAUUAAUAUGUGGGGCUACCAAUUAAUGGUCAGUAAUAUCACUUGAAACUCUGAAUUAUAAAGAAAGUUAAUGUGAUUUACAAUAAAUAACACGUGAUAAGCUGUGCUCUAAAAAGCUGUAAUCAGUGCAUAGUAUGCAACCCUUUCAAUAAAAGUGUUGACUGACAUUUUUCACACAUUCCAGAUUGCCAAAUAGUGAAGUUGUUGUUCUGCAUAAAU